GAGAGAGCUCCCCCGAUGCACGUUUUCCGGCUACGGAAGUCAGCUACCCUGCUAGCGCAGCUCGCUACUUUCUCACAAUUAAGUGUUCGCUGGCUUCCUGCGGCGCCCGACCGGUGUGCGCCACGCAGCGAGACGAAGCUGAAGGCGCCCCCUUGUGGUCAACGCAGUUCAACAACACUUUCGCGGGCGGCAAAACUCCAGCAACCGGAGUGGGAGACACAUGACAGGCCUACCAGCUAAGCCCUGCAACUAGAGGAGCUGGAAUCAUGUUCGUCGCUCGCAGUAUCGCCGCUGACCAUAAAGAUCUCAUCCACGAUGUCUCGUACGAUUUUCACGGCCGCAGAAUGGCGACUUGUUCCAGCGACCAAAGCGUCAAGGUGUGGGAUAAAAGUGAGAAUGGAGAGUGGCAGUGCACAGCCAGCUGGAAGACUCACAGUGGAUCAGUGUGGCGAGUGACCUGGGCUCACCCAGAGUUUGGCCAAGUCCUGGCCUCCUGCUCGUUUGACCGAACAGCCGCCGUGUGGGAGGAGAUCGUCGGGGAGUCCAACGACAAGCAGCGGGGCCUGAGCCACUGGAUCAAGAGAACCACGCUGGUGGACAGCAGGACAUCUGUGACGGAUGUGAAGUUUGCGCCUAAACACAUGGGCCUGAUGCUGGCCACCUGCUCUGCAGACGGCGUGGUGAGGAUCUACGAGGCUCCAGAUGUGAUGAACCUGAGCCAGUGGUCUCUGCAGCACGAGAUCUCCUGCAAGCUCAGCUGCAGCUGCAUAUCAUGGAAUCCCUCGAGUUCUCGAGCCCACCCCCCUAUGUUCGCCGUGGGCAGCGAUGACAGCAACGCGACGUGCGGUGGAAAGGUACAGAUCUACGAAUACAACGAAAACACGCGGAAGUACAGUAAAGCAGAAUCGCUGAUUACGGUCACCGACGCCGUCCACGACAUCGCCUUCGCCCCCAACCUGGGCAGAUCUUUCCAUGUGCUCGCCAUUGCAACCAAAGAUGUCCGGAUAUUUAAGCUCGUCCCUUUGAGGAAGGAGAGCACGGCUACCGGACCCACAAAGUUUGAGGUCCAGAUGGUGGCUCAGUUCGACAACCAUAACUCUCAGGUGUGGCGCGUGAGCUGGAACAUCACCAGCACUUUGCUGGCCUCGUCUGGAGACGAUGGCUGCGUACGUUUGUGGAAAGCUAACUAUAUGGAGAACUGGAAGUGCACAGGCAUCCUGAAGGGAGACGGCAGCCCCCUGACGGGCUCGUCCGGUCAGCCCACAGCCAUGAGCACGGUGGUGGGCUCCUCCGUUCAGAACUCCCAGAACAUCCUGAACGGGAUGUCGGCAGGAAGGUAUUUCUUCCCCCCUCUGGAUCCUCCCAGAGGGGGGACCAGGCAUGGUCACCUGCUGCCUCCGUCGUCCCUCAUAGAGCACUGUGAUGCUGAGCCUGUUGUUCAGCCUCAGCAGCUGGCUCUUGUUCACAGGCGCUCCUCUAGGGCGCUGCUGUCCCUGCCAGAAACCGAAGAGCAAUGACUUGACUUGGAAGGGUUUCCCGCCUCCCCUUUUUCCUGUAUUUUUAUUAGAAAAUGUAGUGCUGGGAAGUAAUGCUGAAAAUACCUUAUUAUUCACUUGCAAUAAAGUUUUUUUUUUUUUUU